AUGGACACAGACACAGGCAUGCACCAAAACCAACACAACAACCAACAGUUCAAAACACUGCACCACAACCAACAGUUCAAAACACUGCACCACAACCAACAGUUCAAAACACUGCACAGCAACCAACAGUUCAAAACCCUGCACAACAACAACCACAAACAGAGCAAGGACAUAAAAGAAGUAGAGAACAAGGAAACCAAGAAUUCUUAA